AUAUUUAAAUAUAAUUUUUAAAUUUCGUAGACGGCGCUUUAGUUGAUUCGAUUGAAAAGAAACGUGUUUUAUUUAACAAGAAAUUUUAGUGUUUGAAAGAUUCCCAUGUCCGAUUUAAAUUUGCCAGCCAAACCGAGUUCAAUGACUUGCUUUUCUCUCUCGGAUCGAACACUUUAUUUGUCGAGUAAAGGAACGGUGGCCAUUCCUCCCGACAGAGCGCGUUUGCUGGUCAACAUCUGCAGCCAGAAAAAAACUACGGACGACGUCAUCAAAAGUGUGACCAAAAGAUUAGAUUACGUUACUGGAGUAUUAAAGGCUUUUGGCAUUCGGGAAAAUGAUAUGAACAUAACUCGUUCACUGUUGUUUGAUGAACAUUAUAUAAUGAAUGCAGAAGUUGAUGCCGUUUUCCAUAAUCUUGAAAAUUGUCAAACAGUUGCCAUUCAAUUUACACAAAAAUUAGGAAAAUGUGUAUCUGUAUCACCUCCAGAAUUUUUUCAUAGCUCUCAAGCAUUUGAAAAAGGAAAGAGAAAAGCAACUUUAGAAGCAAUUAAAAAUUGUUAUGACAAAGCAAUAGAAUUAACAAAAGUAUUUGGUGUGACAGUAGCAAAGCCUAUUGAAAUAUCUGAAGAACAUAAUAAAUUAUUCUUGGAAAAUACAAAAUCAUCUGAUGUUAAAAGAGAGACAAAUAUAAAUGAUUCCCUUGCACAUAAAUUGAAACUUUUAACAUAUAUCUCAGAAAGUAAAGUUAAUAUGAAAUUUGAAAUUAAGGGAGAAUAUAAACAAGCAAUAUUUCUUUCUUGAAAGGAUGAUAAUCUAGUACGGAACAGGAACAGCUUGCCGAAAUGAAAACAUGGUCAACCCAAUAAAGGAUAUGAAAAACCUUGUGUUAUUCCACCUUGUUACUGCUUGUUGAAGACGUCAAACAAGACAAUGGUGUAUGAUGGAACCAGCUGGUAGCAUAAACAAUGACUCUAAUAAACAGGAAGACAAUGACAAUGUAUUGUCUGAUAAUAAAGAAUUAACAGACAAUAAUAGAUAGAUAUUUUUUAUUGAUAAUAUACCAAAGGUACAUUCCCGGUACUGUUUACACACAACCGGAUGAGUCGUGACAAUGAAUACAGUUUACAAAGAAAAUUGGUAAGAGGACAAAUACUAUAAAUACAAACUGUUGGAGAUAAGUGACUAAGACAAACUAAUAGAUGCCAUAAGUACAAGUUUCAGAAUUGAGAUAAGUAAAACACAUACAAAAUAAUCAAAUGCAAAAUACUUAAUGUAGAGUAAGUAACAAUAGUGAAUAUGCUGCUUGUCAUGUAUAGUACCAAAAAAAAAGCAAACACACGUUUACACAAUCAGAAAUGGUAUAUAUGCAGUAGAAGGAAAACGUGGGCAUGCAGGCCCUUGUACAAACAUCAAAACAACGCGGACAUGCUGGUAGAAGUGACAAGUCCGAUACAUACAAACACAUAUAAACAGAGGAGGUUAGGCUCGGAAGAGCACUAGGUGUAGGUAGGCACGGUAGUUCGUUUAAAGUACAUGUUUACAAGGU